GGGGCGUUCUCACCCGCUUCCGAUUUUCUACUCAUGUACGCAUGGGGGGAAGAGGGAGAAGGGCUGAGAAGAGCAGUCCAGAAACCUCUGCAAACCUAUCUGGAGAGCUUCUUCCUCCCCAGGCCCUGGAAGCAAUAUUGGCAGAUCAAAAGCCAGACACCUGCCCACAGACUCUCUGCUGCCCCCUGUGGAUUCAGAGUCAUGUCUACAGGCACCGGAACCCUGAAGCCUCUCAUUGCUGUCUGCCAGGUGACCUCAAUCCCCAACAAAGACCAUAACCAGGAAUGCUGCUCACGCCUCAUCCGGGAGGCAGCCCAGCGGGGCGCCUGUGUGGUCUUCCUCCCUGAAGCCUUUGAUUUCAUUGGCAGCAACACAGAAGAGACCCUCAGCCUGGCUGAGCCCCUGGAAGGAGAUCUCAUCCGGUAUUACGCUAGCCUAGCCAGAGAAUGUGGGGUCUGGUUGUCCCUUGGAGGCUUCCAUGAGAGAGGCAGCGACUGGGAGAGCACGCACCGGAUCUACAACUGCCAUCUGCUCCUGGACACCAAAGGAACCUUGGUGGCCGCCUACAGAAAGACUCACCUCUGCGACGUGGAGCUGGAGGGACGGGUGUCCAUGAAGGAAAGCGCCUUUACCAAUCCAGGUUUGGAGAUUGUGUCGCCUAUCAGCACCCCGGCUGGAAAGGUUGGCCUGGCCAUCUGUUACGACCUACGUUUCCCAGAGAUGUCACUCGCUCUGGCCCAGAAAGGGGCAGAGAUCCUGACCUAUCCGUCGGCCUUCACGGUGACCACAGGUUCUGCUCACUGGGAGGUGCUGCUACGAGCUCGCGCCAUUGAGACCCAGUGCUACGUAGUCGCAGCCGCUCAGACAGGCAAGAACCACGAGCGCCGCACCUCCUACGGCCACGCCAUGAUAGUGGACCCCUGGGGCAGCGUCAUCGCCCAGUGCCAAGAGGGACCGGGCCUCUGCUAUGCUGAAAUUGACCUGGCUUACUUGCAUCACAUCCGGCAGGAGAUACCCGUCUUCCAGCACCGCCGGCCCGACCUGUAUGGCCGGGUGGCCCCCUUGUCAUGAGCAGGCACCCUGCCUGCCACACCGAGGACUCUCAGCUGCCACUGGGCUUGCCUCUGGAAUCAGGGGGUGUGACCCACGUGAUUAUGAGGAGGAGCAGCCUCCGUCCAUCCUGGACCUAAUCGAUUAGCACUGUUGAUUCGUGCACCGGUAAAGAGCUGCGGUGCUUGCGAGAGUGGGUGCAAAGUGGGACUGACGGACAAACCGAGCACCAUACAGGCCAGAUUAAGAACACUUUACACCAUCCCUGCUAGAGAAGCAAGUGUCUACUCAAUUCUGCCAUUACUGGAAAUGCCAUCUUGGGCACAGAUUUCCUUCUAGGCCUCUGGCACUCCAGCAGGUUCCAGAUCAUUUUUCACCCAAAUAAAGCUUUAUUGCCACUUUACA